AUGCUAUUAAAUAAAAAGAGAAAUGUUUCUGAUGGUGUAUUCAGUCCCUUAUCUUGUGGUGAUGCUUUACAAGGAGAAGUUUCAAUUGAAAGAGACUCAAUUUCUUGGAGCGUAUUGUCGCACACCAAUAUUCAUGAAACACAAUCAUUGCAUUCUGGAAGCAAUGAUGAAACAUUUGUAAGAAGAACUCGACAGAGACAAUAUAAUCCCGAAGCUGAAAACAGAAACUCAUUAGUGAAUAUAUUAGGAAGAACUAUUGUGAAUGAAGAUGGGAGUGUUACCACCAAUAUAACUGAGCAACAAUUGCCUUUGCUAGAAGGUAGCCUUCAAUCUACUGCAGCUGAAGAAUUCAUUUUUGAUUUUGUUUACAUCUUAAACUUGGAACGGACAAAUGAGAGUGAAAGCUCAACAAUGAAUAUUACAGUUGCUGAAUAUGAUUUUUGUGAUGACUCUGAUAGAGAAUCAAAUAAUCUUUCAACCUCUGACCCUAGACGAAAACAUCGAAAAUUUAUGGAGGUAAUGAAUUUUGGACCUCCAACAGAAGUAUGUGAACACUGUGGAGCUCAACUUUGGUAUGAGGAGAGAACAAUUAAAUCUAGAAAGCCUAAGAAGCCUAAAUUCAGUUUAUGUUGUUCAGAAGGCAAAGUUGAACUUCUGUUUUUGAAGGAUCCUCCACCUUUUCUUAAAAGAUUGCUUAGCAUGAGCAAUGAUCAGAGAUCAAACAAAUUUCGAGUGGGGAUAAGAAUCUAUAAUUCUCUCUUCGCUUUCACUUCUUUGGGAGGUAAUAUAGAUCGUUCAGUGAAUAAUGGUACUACUCCAUAUCUUUAUAUUUAUGAUACUAAGAAUGAGAUAGCAAACAGAAUUGAUGCUGUUACAUCUGGUGAUCAUAGAAAAGAUGUGAAUAUAGAUAUUGUCAUUGGAUUAUUGAAUAUGUUAGACAAUUGCAAUCAAUUGGUCAAACAAUAUAACUUGCCUGAUACUUCUGAAGUUGCUACUAUUAUUGUUGGAGAUUUAAAUACCGAAAAUUGUGAAAGGGAUAUUAUUGUUGAAAACCAAAGUUUGGGAUUGCAACAUAUAUUUGGAAGUCAUCUAAGCUAUAUGACUUUACAACAAUAUCCAUUGCUUUUACGACUUCAGCAACGAUCUCAUGAGGGUAACACAUUGUUGCUUGGUGGAAGGCUUUUUCAACAAUUCAUAGUUGAUGCCUAUACUUCCAUUGAAGAGGAAAGAUUACAAUGGGUAAGGCAAAACCAAUUGAAAUUAAGAUCUGAACUAUAUGGUGGGCUUAAAGAUGCUGUGCUUCGUGGUGAUACAAAUCCAAAAACAGUAGGAAAGCGGAUCAUCUUACCUUCCUCUUUUACUAGAAGCCCAAGAUACAUGGCUCAGAACUAUCAAGAUGCAAUGACUAUAUGUAGAAAGGUGGGAUAUCCAGAUUUGUUUAUGACAUUUACUUGCAAUCCAAAAUGGUCUAAAAUCACUAAGUGCUUGGAAUUUAUAGAAGGCCAGAAUGUUGAGGACCAACCAGAUAUUAAAAGAGGACUUCCAUAUGCACAUAUUCUCCUUUUCUUGGAUCCAAAAGAUAAGUGCCCAAGUCUAGUAGACAUUGACAGUAUUAUUACAGUAGAAAUACCAGAUUCAUAUGAAGAUCCAAUUGCUUAUGAAGAUGUAAAACAGUUUAUGAUGCAUGGGCCAUGUGGAUAUGCAAACCCAAGAUCACCUUGUAUUGUUAAUGAAAAAUGUACAAAACAUUUUCCAAAAAAUUUUUAUGAAGAGACAACUAUCGAUGAAGAAGGUUUCCCCAUUUAUAGAAGAAGAAAUGAUGGGAAGAAAAUAGUAAAAAAUGGAAUUACUUUGGAUAAUCAGUAUGUUGUGCCAUAUAAUGUAGACUUACUGUUCAGAAAUCCACCAGUUGAAAGAUUAAACUUUCAUUUGGAAAAUGAAAAUCCCAUCAUAUAUCCAGAAAAUGCAAAUUUGGAAUACAUUUUACAAAGGCCAGGAAUCAAAGACACAAAAUUUACUGAAUGGAUGAAAACUAAUGAAGCUUUUGAAGAUGCUCAUGAGUUAACUUAUGCUGAAUUUCCUACAAAAUGGAUCCUCCAACAAUAUGGGAAAUCUUUGAAAGACUAUCCUCAAAUGCCUCAACCAAAUGUAAAUAUUCUUAUUCAUAAAGGAAAUAGACUUAUUGAAGAAGAAAUGUCAUAUGAUAUCGGAAGUUUGCAAAGAGAACAUGAGAUCUUGAUAUCUGGCCUCAACAAUGAACAAAGAACUAUCUAUAAUUCUAUAAUGGAAGCUGUUUUUUCUGAAAGUGGGGGCAUGUUUUUCGUCUAUGGUCAUGGUGGAACGGGAAAAACAUAUCUUUAUAGAACAAUUUUGGUUGCUGUAAGAUCAAAAGGAAAAAUUGCUCUUGCAGUUGCUUCUUCAGGUAUUGUUGCUCUAUUACUUCCUGGUGGCUGGAUAGCACAUUCAUGA